CUACAAUUUUUUCUCGUGACUUAAAAAGAAUCUACAAUGUCGUCAAAAGCAAAAAAGACUGUUACAUCCUCUACAAAUAUCAGUGUUGUGUCAUCGGUGCAGAGCCCACCACAAUCUAGCACUCCCAUCGGAAGCCGCCCGUCGAGCUCUGCCGGCCGGCCCAGCAGUCCGCUUAGCCCAACGAGACAUAGCCGCCUCCAGGAGAAAGAUGCCCUACAAAAUCUCAACGACCGCCUUGCGGCGUAUAUCGACAAAGUUCGGCAGCUGGAAAGCGAGAACUCUGGGUUACGCCGUGAGAUCCAAACAACACAGGAGGUCGUCACACGCGAAGUAUCGAACAUCAAGGGAAUGUACGAACAUGAAUUACAGGAUGCAAGAAAGUUGUUAGAUGAUACAUCUCGCGAAAAAGCCAAGUUGGAAAUUGAUUUGAAGAGGUUAUACGAAGAAAACGAUGACCUGAAGAAACGUUUGGAUAAGAAGACCAAAGAAGCAGCGCAAGCGGAAAGCAUGGCGCGGCACUACGAAACCCGCUUCAAUGAGGAGAGCAACAAAUACAACACCGCGCUUGCCGACAAGAAGAAGGCACAAGAUGAAGCCAGGGAACUGGCCAAAGAACUGGAAAAAUUGAAGAAAGUGUAUGCUGACACCCGUAAGACCCUAGAAGAGGAGAUGCUGUGCCGCAUCGAUAUGGAGAACACUGUGCAGAGUUUGCGCGAAGAGCUGUCCUUCAAGGACCAGGUCUUCCAACAGGAGCUGCAGGAGACCCGCACCAGAAGACAAGUCGAAAUUUCUGAAAUCGAUGGUCGCCUGGCUCAGCAAUAUGAAGCCAAGCUCCAGCAGAGUCUACAAGAGCUCCGUGAACAGCAGGAAGCAAACAUCAAAGCAAAUCGUGAUGAGAUUGAAGCCCUCUAUGAGAAUAAGAUGAAGAAUCUGCACGCGGCGGCAAAUCGUCACAACAGCGCGGCCACAGUGGCGGUGGAGGAGCUGCGCACCAUGCGCACGCGCAUUGACACCCUCAACACGCAACUCAAUGACCUAGAGAAUAAGAACGCCGCGCUCAAUAACCGCUGUCGUGAACUCGAGCGUCAACUGGAGUCCGAGCGCGCUCGCCACGCCGAAGACUUGGCCUCGUUGGAACAGGAGCUUGCGCGUCUCCGAGACGAAAUGGCCUCGCAGCUUCGUGAAUAUGCCACACUUAUGGAUAUCAAGAUUUCACUUGACCAUGAGAUCGCUACCUACCGCGCGCUUCUUGAGGGUGAAGAAGACAGGCUGAACCUGACUUCCCAAUCUCCUGGACGUUCGGAGUCCCGCGCCUCAGCAACCGCUUCAGGCAGCGCGGGCCGUAUCACGCCGGGUCGUCGCGCAACGCCCCUCCGCGCCGCCCGUAAACGCACCUUGCUCGACGAGAGCGAGGAGCGCAGCCUCAGCGACUAUAGCGUCACCUCCAGUGCUAAGGGAGACCUCGAAGUGGCCGAGGCAUGCCCCGAAGGCUCCUUCGUUAAAAUCCGCAACAAGGGCAAGAAGGAAUUAAGCCUGGGAGGCUUCCAAAUUCUUCGCAAAGCUGGCGAUCAGGAGACAAUCUUCAAGUUCCACCGUACCGUGAAAUUGGAACCAGGCGCGAUCACCACAGUGUGGUCCGCCGAUGUGGGUGCUGACCACGACCCCCCUACUAGCAUCGUCAUGAAAGGGCAGAAGUGGUUCGUUGGCGAUAACUUCACCACUACACUGCUUAACAACGACGGAGAGGAGGUGGCCGUGUCGGAGCGUCAGAGACGGCAGGUCAGCACCAGCGCACAACGACACCGCGAACUUUCACACAAGUACCCGCGCCGUGAGCUUGGCGAAAUCCGCGAAGGUGAAGAGAAUUGCCGCAUCAUGUAGAGCGUGGUACAUCUCACUCGGUACCUCCCGCUUCACUCCGUCGGAGCUCUCACUCUGCCCCAUGGGCAACAUACCUCCCACCCUACUAGUGUUACAUGUGUAUCAUUCAUGAUCAAUACAGAGUUCUAAUUCAGUAUAACUUCCCCGUAUUAGUCAUAUAUUGUUAACUUAAGGUUCGAUCAUGGGAAAAGUUAUAGUGAAUAUACCUAACGACCGACUGUUAAAGUACGUCUAAUACGUGUUUACAAAAUAAAUGUAACUUGAUGCAUACCACGAGGUGUUUAAAUAAAUCUGUAGUGUAAUAAUUAGCGAAAAGUGGUCUCACUGUGUGCUGUUAUAGUCGAAAUUCAUUCUGUAUUGAUCACGAGAUAUCGUUUAGCAAAGCCUAAUAUUAUGCAAUUUAAACAACAAAAUCUGAAUUAAUAAAAAGUUAUGGGAGAUACUUUGUUACAAUGUCGUUAAUGAUCGACUAUAUAUAUUUUUACAAUAGUAAAUAAGUACCAUGAUGCCUUCAACAGAGAUAUCUUGCAAAAUGAUCAUGUGUGAAACUAGCUAUGUAUUUAUAUGGUGUGGUAUGCUUCAGUAUUUUUAAUCGAAUGUUAUUUUUUUCCUUGAGAAUUCACUUAUAAUUUAUCUGAAAAACUGCGCCAUGAAGAUAGUCACUGAUGGCGUGGAUGCUACUUCUUUUUUUAAAUGAAACAAAAUAAUUACACGUUAAAAUGUAAGCUCAAAACAAGAAUACCGUGUUCUUAUCAUAUCGAUGGCAUAUAUUAGUGCGGUCCAGAACUUAGUAAGGCUUUAGUUUCGUCCUCGUAUAAUACCGCUGAGACAUCUGACAGUACGUGCAUUCCUACGUACUCUCUCAAAUUUGUAGCCACAUACAGUAAUAGUUAGUUAAGUAGUAGUAGAGCCUCCUUGUGAAAGAGUUCGUCCAUGGAAGCACUGCCACCUGAACUAUUUCUGCCGCCAAGUAGUAAUGUGAGCAUUAUUGCGUUCCAGUUUUGAAGGGUUGGGGUGCUGGUGAAAUUACAGGCACAUGGGACUUGUCAACUUAUGUCUCAGGGUGAUGGCGCAGUUGCAAUGCCCCUCCGGUCUUUGCGGUAUAAAACUACAAGUGGCACUGCAACUGUUCUGAAAAGGCGUGUCGCUCAACACCAGGCUCACGACUUGUUCGUCCCGUCACUUGGUAUUAUAAAAAAAAUGUUUUAUUUACAGACUUCACAUAUUUACAAUUAUAAUACUAGAUGCUGUUAUAAACAACUUAGUUAGAGUGAUAAGUUGACACAGUUGUUUAGUCAUUUUCUCUUUAUACCUUGUAUAUGAGUGUAGUCAUUUUGAGCUUUCAUUUUAUUAUUUAUCGUAUUAUGAAAUGAAAGUGUAAGAGGUAGUUUUCAAUCCAUCACUUAUUUAGUAAUUUGUUAGAUACAAUUUUCGUCUCACUGCCAAACGCGGCUUACCCUUUACGCACCACUGUGAACAAAGUACAAAACAUUUUCGUUCACAUUAAGGUAAGUAUAGAUUUAUUGAAUUUUUAAUAUAAGCUCCCACCACUAAUGUUGCACUAGAUGGUAAGUGAUUUUUUAUCGAUAAUCAUUAAUACAUCCACUUAACAUCUGGAGUAGAUAAAAUCUACUAAAUAAUCGUAUUGUUAGUACAUCUGACUAGAGAAAUCAUUGUGUUUAGGUUAAGUUUCAGUUUGACAACUACUUCUAGUUGUCAGGUUAGUGUAAGUCCACUUUUCAUUUCUCGAAUGUUUUUCGAGAAACAGGUGCAAGUCUCAAAUGAUGUGCGUUUACAGCAAACAAUACUAGACUGCAUUUAUUACAUUGAAUUUUGUUUAAUAUAGUUUUAUACUUGGUUUAUAGUAGAACAUUAAAAAGUAUAACUAUAAUAUGUAUUCAAAAUAUACUAAAGGUAAUUCACAUGUCGUAGGUAUCUUUCUGUUAUUUUAUAUUGAUCACUAAGAGGAUUGAAUCUGAUUUUAAUUUUCCAUUUUUUUAUUUUACACAAUGUAAAGGCGGUUAAUCAUGAAAAUUUUAAUUUGGACCCAGUUAU